AUGAACUACCACGUGCCAUUGACAGCCGUCACUCUGAGUACAACGCCAUAUACAGUACAGUACACAAACAUGACGGAUCGUCCACGUUGGAUUGAAGGAAGUGUCUUGGAGCGCCGAUACACUCUCAACAGUUUCCAUUUCCAUUGGGGAUCGAACUCACGCGUGGGUUCCGAACAUCUGGUGAACGGGAUAGCUGGACCCGUUGAGAUGCACCUUGUACAUAUCGCCGAUCCGUAUAGGACUGUCGCAGAAGCAUCGGGCGACACACAAGGGAUAGCUGUGCUCGCUGUCAGCUUCGAGAUUUCGUCCACGGAGAAUCUGGCGUACCGAGAGCUUUUGAGGCAGAUCGGAGAUGUGAGCGGACGUCCGCCUAUGGAGAUAGCCGAUGCUGGGAUAGCAUUAUCUUCAUUACUACCGCCUGAUCUGAAUCUAUACUACAAUUACCAAGGAUCGCUCACGACGCCCAAUUGUGAGGAAAAUGUUCAGUGGUUUCUCUUCGCUCGACCAGUUCCUAUCAGCGAGGCUCAGAUGGCCACUUUCAGGACUCUGAUGACCGCGGACCAAGUCUCAAUAGUCGAUAACUAUAGGCCGGUACAGCCACUGAAUGGGCGAUCGGUUUACACUUCCUUCCUCCCUCCCUCAAGAGCAAUGGCAACGGUGAGGACUUCACUGCUGAAGUACAUCCUCCUCAGGAACAAACGAAUCUUGAUUAUAUGCCAAUAA